AUGGCAGUUAUCGUUUUAGUCCUACAUGAUCAGCAACGAGAAGAAGAAGGCUUCUAUAAUAGUAAAGGUGUCUGGACUGUUAGAGGGAAAGUUAGCUGGUUGAAUCCUUCAGAAACCCUAAAUCAAACUAUCCUCUACCAAGCGGACGACAAAGGCUACCAAGUCAAGUCUUCCGUCGAAGAACUAUCUCGCAAACCAGGCAGACCAGGCGAAUCAGACCUACCAGUCGGACCAGGCAGACCAGAAUUCCCAAGCCAACCAAGCAGGCCAGGAGUACCAGCCUACCCAAGCCUACCUCCAAGCUACCCAAGCCAACCUCCAAGUUACCCAAGCCAACCACCAAGCUACCCAAGCCAGCCUCCAAGCUACCCAGGCACUCCAGGCUACCCAGGCGCACCAAGUGCCCCAGGCUACCCAGGUUCUCCAGGCGGACCAGGCUACCCAGGUUUCGCGCCCCCAAUUAAUUGUGGCCUAGCUUCUAUCUGUGGCUAA